UUCUGCCUCUUCUCUGUGCCAACUCAGUACUCCUAGAUGUCUCAUCACCAAUCCUGAUUGAUGCACCAACUUUCCAUGAUAGGUAACUAAAAAUUGUUUUUGGAGCAAAGCUUAAUCUUAUAAGUUCCUAACACUGACCUUAUACACAUCAUUCUUUCCCUGCCUCAGUAUAAAAAGGUAGCCACUUCUUCCAUUUUCCUCACAUUAAAACAAACCACAGAAAUAGCAUAUUGGAGUCUCAAGUGUGCAAAAAAAAAUCAUUAUAACAUUCCAUUUCUAUAACACAAAAAUGAUGAUGCAACAUUCUCUCAUCUUCUGUGCCUCACUUGUACUUGUGAUGAUCACCACAUCAGCCCAACACUCACCAGCAGCAUCUCCAACAAUACCAAAAUUGCCACAAUCACCCUUGGCAUCUCCACAGGGAAUGAAUACUGUUCCAUUGGUACCAGUGUCUCCCAUUGGUGCCCCUACACCCGCCACUUCAAAAGCUCCCACCAUUGACAUUGCUCAAAUCCUGAGUAAGGCCAAGAGAUUUUCUGUUCUGAUUCGGCUUCUGAAGACGACCCAGUUGAUCAACCAACUCAACUCUCAACUCCUCACGUCAGGUUCUGGGGGAUUGACCAUUUUCUCCCCACCUGAUUCUGCCUUCUCAAAGCUAAAAGCAGGAUUCCUCAACUCACUCAACGACAGGCAAAAGGUUGAACUUUUACAAUUUCACACUCUUUCUUCCUUCCUCUCAAUCUCCAACUUCGACACUCUCACCAACCCCGUUCAGACCCAAGCCGGUGAUGACUCUAAAAGGCUGCAACUUAAUGUCACCACUUAUGGUGGCAGCCAAGUGAGCAUGACCACCGGUGCCGUCAAUGCCACCAUUACCGGAACCGUGUACACGGACAACAAGCUUGCCGUUUAUGAGGUGGACAAGGUGCUUGUGCCACUUGACGUGGUUCUUCCUAAGCCUAAGGCUCCGGCACCUUCACCGUCGAAAGGAGAAUCACCUAAAACGAAGUCAUCUGCAGAUGAAAGUGGUGAUAGUAACAAAAAUAGUGAUGAUGAUGGUGCUGUUCCAGUGGACGCUUCUGCUGGUUCCAUGAAUUUCAACAGCGUACAUGUAACGCGGAUGUCUUUCGUUGUCGGGUUUGUUCUGAUGGUUGGAUCCAUGAUAUGAGAUAAAGUUUAUGACAGAAAGGGUCCGGUGUUUUUGUUUGGUUUUGUGUGAUUUGGAUUCAAAUGUCACUGUCCCUGCUAGCAUGUGUAUAUCACCGAAUUUCCCAGUCUGAAAUAUUGUGUAUGCCAUUUUGGGUCAAUGAUUAUGUAUUAGCCAUCUUUCAUUCCUCUA